AUGGGGCGUCAUUUCAAGCCAAAGUUCGCCCUGGACGGCCUUCAGAAGCUCGUCGUGUCGUUCGACCCGACCGUCCGGACGUCUCUGUCCGCACGACAGUUCCUCAAGACCGUCUCCUCGCCCAAGAUGCGCGCCAGCGCCCCAGACUGCCAGAUAGAGACCCAGCUCAGGAACGACGGGGGGGAGUCGUUCGUGCACCUGUACACGAGCUGGGGCGCCGACAUCCGCGUCGUCACCGACGAGAUCCCCACGGAGGAGCACAUCGGGAAGUGCCUCAUGCGCAACAUGGAGCUCCCGCAGGUCGAGGCCAUGCUGCGACGCUUUGGUAUGACGGUGGACGACUUGAUGGACGGGGACAAGCCGGCGUGCAUGGUCGAGUCGCCCGAGCACCUCAAGGACGCGUGCGCGGAGUGGCAGAGCAUGGAGGAGGGGCGGGACUACGUCGUGGCGCUCCCGGAGCACCGGAUGAAGAACUGGAAGGACCUUGUGCCAAAGGAUGUGGACACCCGGGGGGUAGUGAAAGGGAAACGGUAG